AUGGAUUUUUAUUCCAGAGUUCCCAUUUCCCGGGAAGGCACUUCUUUUUCCCCGUUGCUAAACCAAAAUGCAAUGUGGCAAAUGAAUUUGGGGUCAGAAGAAACAAUGGUUGGUGAUGGGUCGUGCCCUAAGCGGGCAGAUUGUUCUUAUUACAUACGGACUGGUCUUUGUAGGUUUGGCUCAACUUGUCGGUUCAAUCAUCCUCACGAUCGGAAACUGGUUAUAGCAACAACAAGGAUUAAAGGAGAAUACCCUGAAAGAAUUGGUGAGCCUGAAUGCGAGGUAACUAAGUUUGGGAUCGGCGAAUGA